AUGGCUCCUUCUAAAAAUCCGUCAAAAACUCCCUCGAAAACUCCAUUAAAAACACCAUGUAAACGCAACAGAAAAGUUUUGAAUCUAGCAGACAAGAUGAAAAUUAUAAGUUUGAUCGAUGACGGAGAAAAACUUGCUUGGAUUGCACGGCGCUUCGACGUCAAUGAAUCUACCAUUCAAACGAUCCGAGAUAAUGCAUCGAAAAUCCGUGAGAGCUCAAAAAACUUAGGACAGCAUGCUCAAUUUACUAAAGUUGCUCGAUCAAAUUUGAUUGAGAAAGUCGAGAUGAUGCUACUAAUUUGGAUACAAGACCUCAUGCACAAUAAAAUUCCAAUCAGCAGUGCAGCUAUUCGUGACCAAGCAAUAGUUUUUCAUAUCUACUUGUGCACAAAGUAUGGAAAAGAAGAAGCUUUCAACGCCAGUAAAGGCUGGUUUGAAAAUUUCAAAACGAGAUUCUUACUUUACAACGUAAAAUUCACCGGCGAAAUAGCAAGUGCGGAUCAUGAAGCAGCGCGUGAAAAAAAAUAUGAACCGGAGCAAAUUUUCAAUUGUGACGAGACUGGUUUGUUUUGGAAGCGAAUGCCUAAACGAACUUGGUUGACCAAAGAAGAAGAGAGAGCUCCAGGUUUCAAAGUGGCUAAGGAUCGUUUAACCCUUUUGUUUUGCGUAAAUGCUUCAGCAUUAAAAGGAAAAAGAAAGGAGCACCUACCCGUAUAUUGGAAAGCAAAUAAAACUGCGUGGAUCACAAAAAUAAAUUUUGAUGAGUGGUUCAAGGAAUCUUUUAUACCGGAAGUCAGGGAAUUCCUUGCCCAGAAAAAUCUCGCCUUCAAAGUACUUUUGCUGCUCGAUAAUUAUCAGACUGUAAUAGCGACCUUUAAGCCAUACUAUUUACGACGCUUAAUGAAAUCAAUUGUAAGAACAGUCAACUUACAUCGGUCGCGCAACAACUUCAUUCCUGAAAACGUUGUCAGGAAUUUUUGGAGAAAUUUCAAUAUUAUGGAUGCUAUAAAUUUUAUUCAAGAAGCGUGGGAUGAAGUCAAAUCAACCACUGUUAAUAUGAGUUGGAAAAAAAUUUUGCCACACAUGUUUUCAACGGUUAUCGACCGCUCGGAAUUGUACCCGGAGGUGGUCCAAGAUGUCGUAACCUUGACUCGGGAUGUCGAAGGAGAAGGCUUUAAUAACGUCGAAGAAUCGGAAAUUUUAAAUCUCAUAUUGCCAGAACCACAUUACUCCCCCGAAGAAAUCGAAGAGUUAUCGACUGAACCACCGGCAGAUCAGACUGAUGAUGCACUUUUUCGAUUCAAAAUUGAUUGUCGAAGUUAUGGAUCUAGUCAUUCGAGCAGGUAA